UGACUUCAGGUGCCCCCUCUGUACAUUAUUCCAGACACAGACGGGCACAAAAGUAGAGUCACCGAUGUUCCGUUAACCAGCUAAAUAGGUAUUUCACAUGAUGUAGAAACCGACAUCGGUGCACGGCUCGAACCUACUGCGGUUUGAAGUACAAGACCUUAUCGACAUGUAAUAAACACACGGCAGACAUUAAAGGAGAUACACGAAACGAAAGAUAUUGUGACAUAGUUUGUUAUCACGAUUUUGAUACAAUGUCCCAAAUAGUACCACACAGAUAAUAAAAGUCUAUGAAAAUUAUUCGAAAUCGUUUAGAAGCUCACCUCAAGUUUUAAUAAAUACAUCUAUAGGGGGCAUUCACAUAUUGACGUCAACACAUUACAAACAUGACAGGAGAUAUUCUAGCAGGAAAGACUUUACAUGUUUUGCUUUAUAUCAUUUAUGUACUUCUAUCGACCGGUGCUUAUCUACUGGACGAGCCAAUCAACGUAUACUCUCACGACUGUCUCACUCCUCAAUCCUGCAAAGGUUGCGGCUACUUCUCAUACUCGAGUCCAGUCCAGACGCUACACGAUUACCUCAUAACGUGCAACAAGGCCAAGUUAUCUACAUUUCCGGUCGUUCAGCCGAUAAUUAUUACCCAGGACAGCGUUAUAAUAGACUUCAGUGAAAACUUUCUUACAAGCAUUGAAAGCAAUGUCUUUAGUAACGUUCAUAUUCAAGGCAUGCCGAAAGUGACAAUGAAAAUAAGCACUAAUGCAAUCUCAACAAUAGAUGACAACGCUUUUAAUGGAAUUGGACAAUACGUAACAAGUUUAGACCUUUCCAAUAAUCAUCUUAGGAACAUAUCAUCAGCUUUUGGGACGCUUCCUAACCUUAAAUCCUUGCUUCUGAGCUACAACCUUAUAAGUUAUGUUGACAGUACGGCAAUAUUUAGCUUCAGCAAUUCGUUAACAAAGUUAGAAUUUGAUUUGGGGAAUCUUCCCUCGUGGCCAAAGGCUUUUAGCAAUUUUACUGCCUUGGAACAUCUUAAAAUUGAACGCAUGGAUAAAGAACUAAAUGGUCCAAGCAUUUUCGAUGGGUUUGCAAAUACAUUACAGUCACUGUCGUUGCUGUAUUUAAACCGAGAUAAUGGUCCAAACUUCCGUGUAAUUCCGCCAGCAGUUACGCAUUUAAAUGUGUUGGAUACGCUGACCAUUAGAGGCGAGGUGUAUUGCACGUGCGACCUAUUGUAUCUUAAAAACUGGCGAAUGCCUGGGUUCAUCAAAGCAGACGGUAGUUACUUCCUUGGGUGCCACAGUUCAAGCGAACUUUUCAUUGAAUACGUUAAUAAAACACUCCGAAAUAAUUGUCAUUAAAAGACUAUUAAAUCAUUAAAAU